AUGUCUCUUCUUCUUCUCCCUGUCUUCCUCCUUUCCCUUCUCAGUUUACAUGCACCACCACCGGCCACCGCCACCGCCACCGCCAUUGCUGCCGCCACCGGUGUUCAUGGAUAUGGAGGAGAUAAGCAAGUUCUCACUUUGAACAAAUUCAAGCAGGCUACACAACUACAAACUAAUACACCCAAUUGCUUCCCUCAAAGAUCAAAAAAGAGUGCAACUAUAUUAGAAUUGUAUCACAGGGAUUACUGUUCUAGACCCAGAUCAGAUUGGAACCAGAGAUUCCUAGAACACCUACUUUCGGAUCAAAUUCGAGUCCGUUCGCUACAAUCUCGGAUCAAGAUCGCGUUUUCUAAGGGAUCCGAUCAAGAACUUUCACAAGCCCAGAUCCCGAUCACUUCUGGAGCCAAACUCCAGACUCUCAACUACAUUACGACCAUCCGAUUGGGCGGUCGCAACGUGACGCUGAUCGUCGAUACGGGAAGCGACAUAACCUGGGUCCAAUGCCAACCGUGCGGUUCUUGUUAUAAUCAACAAGAACCGCUUUUUAACCCCUCCGAAUCUCCUUCAUAUAAACCCAUCUUUUGCAAGUCCACAACUUGCCAAAAUCUAGAAUACGCCACUGGUAAAUCGGGCAUUUGUGGGUUUAACUCGACAAAUUGUAACUAUUAUGUUAGCUACGGAGAUGGAUCAUACACACAAGGUGAUCUAGCUAGCGACGAUCUCGUAAUCGGGACCGUGCCGAUCAAAGGUUUUGUGUUCGGUUGUGGUCGGGUUAAUUCAGGGUUGUUUGGGGGAGCUUCGGGUCUUAUGGGGCUCGGAAGAAGUCUUCUUUCGUUGGUUUCUCAAACUACCGACGUUUUCGGAGGGAUUUUCUCCUAUUGUUUACCUUCAGCGACGGAUUCCGGGUCGGGUUCGCUAAUUCUAGGGAACGGAACUUCGGACUACAAGAAUUUCAGCCCGAUUUCUUAUACUAACAUGCUAUCCAACCCAAUGAUGCCCACUUUUUACUUUCUUAACCUCACUGGAAUCAGCAUCGGAGGGGUCUCGUUACAAGAUCCGAGUUUUGGUAAAAAGGAAUUGCUAAUAGAUUCAGGAACGGUAAUCACUCGGCUUCCUCCUUCGAUCUAUGACGUUUUUAAGUCCGAAUUCCUGAAUCAGUUUUCGGGCUUUCCUAAGGCUCCAGCCUUUUCGAUCUUGGAUACUUGCUUCAAUCUAUCUGGCUACAAAGAAGUCGAGAUACCUACAAUCAAGAUGCAUUUUACGAAUGAUGUGAAGUUCACUAUUGAUGUUAGCGGAAUUCUCUAUUUCGCAAAGUCUGAUGCGUCUCAAGUUUGUUUAGCGCUAGCGGGUUUAUCGGAUGAAGAGGAGAUCGGUAUUAUCGGGAAUUACCAGCAAAAAAACACAAGGGUUGUGUAUAACACCAAGGAACUUACACUUGGAUUUGCUAAAGAAACUUGCAGUUCAGAUUAAAAUUGCAGAAAAGGAAAAGGGUGAUUCAUAAUUGUUGUGAAUAUUAUAUCAUUCAAAGAAUUUUUAAGUAUUUUGGGGUGAUCAAUGAUGGUAUAGAUUAUAUGAAUGCAAUUUAUGAUUUCU